AUGUAUAGAGCAGUGUUACGGAAAUCUGUCAAAGUGAGGGGUGUUAGUGAGGGUCGUCACAUUUCCCGUGUGUCACCAGACUGGGUCUGGAUUAGUGAUUGGAACAAUCUUAUCUUGACAAACACAGCAGGUGAUGAACUACAUUGUCUUUCAGAUAUAGGUAGUUAUCACGGGGUCCACACUGUGAACAACGAGGGUGAUUUAUUUUAUAUAGACAGUGGGCAUAACAUCAACCAACUUUCUACAGAUAACACAGUUAGGAAUAUAUUUAUAAAGUACACAGCACCAUGGAGACCACUGUGUGUCUACAGCUCCCCCUCCACUGGAGACCUUCUGGUUGGAAUGAGAAAUACUGAUACAAGGACAGGCAAAGUAAACCGUUACAAUAACAAGGGACUUCAAAUACAGACAAUAAAUAACAACAUCAUAGGUCAGGGACUAUAUAGUCUACCUAUCUACAUCACAGAGAACCACAAUGGAGAUGUAAUCGUGUCUAACUGGGACUGUGUAGUGGUUACAGAUCGUGAAGGUAGAUUUCGCUUCUCCUACACAGGACCUCCAUUAGGACCAGGACUAUGGCCACGUGGAUUAAGUACAGAUGCGCUGUCACACAUCCUGGUUUGUGAUCAUAGGACUGACUCGGUACAAAUAAUUGAUAAGGACGGGCAAUUCCUGUCAUAG